UAUCUUAGGAAUUGGAACUUGUUGAAGAUAGAAGUAAAGUGCAAAGUGACAACACCAAAACUAUGGUCUUCAAAAUCUUGAAUUCAAAAGACAAUGUCUUACAAUUAUUGCCUCGAUUUAGGAGAAUGCAACUAUACGUUCAUUCCAAAAUCCAGUUACUCUUUCCAAUUAGUUUCCCAAAUUUUAAGUUAGUGCCCCCCUACAUCUACAAGUCAUCGUUCUUCCCUUUUCACAUGGCCCCAAAACAAUUUACCCCUUUACCUUACCCUCUUCUUCUAUUCAAAUCCAACUUUUCUAAACAUUUACUCAUUAUCCAUUUCACAUGCGCACUCCCUAUUCCCUAAUCAAACUCACACCUUUCUUCAUCCCCAAUUCCACCUAUUUUCUUCUGUUUUCAAUUCUUUCUUCAUGGGGUUUUCCAGAUUGAUACUGGUUUUGAUGCUAAUCUCUGUGUUCUUGCCACCAUCGACACCAGAUCCCAGCGAUGAAUCUUGUUUGACCAAAUUGUUUGAAUCAAUGGAAGACCCGAAUCAUAAUCUCAUGAAUUGGACCAAACCCAGCUUCGAAAACCCGUGUUCAGGCUUCCUCUCGAACCUUGCCGGAGCAACCUGCAACAACGGCCGAAUCUACAAGCUCUCCCUGCCGAACCUCGCCCUUCGUGGCUCAAUCUCACCGUUUAUCUCCAAUUGCACUAACCUCCAGGCGUUAGAUAUCUCAAACAACUCUCUCACCGGACCAAUACCCAACGAACUUCAGUACCUUGUCAACCUCGCCGUCCUCAACCUCUCCUCCAACCGCCUCUCCGACGCCAUCCCACCUUCCCUCACCAUGUGCGCUUACCUCAACGUCAUUGACCUACACGACAACACCCUUUCCGGCACAAUCCCACCUCAGCUCGGUUCCUUAGCCCGGUUGUCGGUUUUUGAUGUUUCCAACAACAAAUUAUCCGGCCCUAUUCCGGCGAGCCUCGGAAACCGGACGGGAAACCUGCCACGUUUCAAUGCGAGCUCGUUUUUAGGUAACAAGGAUCUUUACGGGUACCCGUUGGGUCCGAUGAAGAGUAAAGGAUUAUCGGUGGUGGCAAUUGUGGGAAUUGGAUUGGGGAGUGGAUUGUUGAGUCUGGUGUUGAGUUUCACGGUGGUUUGUGUUUGGUUGAGAGUGUCGGAGAAGAAAAUGGCCGCCGAACAAGAAGGCAAAAUUAGUCAAUUAAUGCCUGAAUAUUGAUAAAUUGGGGGGAAAUGAAAAUGGAAUUCUCUGUAAAAUUUGAAGAUUGGUUUGCUUAAAGUAGCAUCUUUUUUAAUUUAUUUUCUUGGAAUUCACCUAAAUUUUGGCGAUUUCUUGUUUGUUAA